UUGGCCCAUGUGACUGGCUGUCUGGUCCCUCAGUCUCAGCACCAACUCACACCGGCUGGGCUUCCCUGUCUCCUGCAGGAAUAACAAGUCUGUCUCUGGAAAGUCUGACACCCCUCUGCCUACCAGUUACUGAUUCCCAGACAUCCCAAACCCCCCACAAAUGUCUGCAAUUGCUGCACCCCAGAUAAUAUGUUUGGCACCAGUUGUGCCCUAAUAUCUCUGCAUCUAAUGCUAAGAUCUCGAUUUAUUGAAAGCUCUGCCUACCUAUGUACCCUGUGGCCAUUGAAGGAGAGGAACCUCCCAACUUGCUCUGUACCCACUAAAGGUCUGGAGUCUCCCAACUGUUUCUUUAUUUACUAAAGGAUCUUCAACUUCACAUGGCAUCUCCCAGUUAACUCUGUACUCGGCAAAGGACUGGCAUCUCCCAGCUAACUCUGUGCCACUAAAGGACUGGCAUCUUCCAACUAACUCUGUACUCAGGAAAGGACUGGCAUCUCCCAGCUAACUCUUUACUAAGCAAAGGACUGGCAUCUUUCAGCUAACUCUGUACUCAGCAAAGGACUGGCAUCUUCCAACUAACUCUUUACUAAGCAAAGGACUGGCAUCUCCCAGCUAACUCUUUACUAAGCAAAGGACUGGCAUCUUUCAGCUAACUCUGUACUCAGCAAAGGACUGGCAUCUUCCAACUAACUCUUUACUAAGCAAAGGACUGGCAUCUUUCAGCUAACUCUGUACUCGGCAAAGGACUGGCAUCUCCCAACUAACUCUUUACUAAGCAAAGGACUGGCAUCUCCCAGCUAACUUUUUACUAAGCAAAGGACUGGCAUCUUUCAGCUAACUCUGUGCCACUAAAGGACUGGCAUCUUCCAACUAACUCUUUACUAAGCAAAGGACUGGCAUCUUUCAGCUAACUCUGUACUCAGCAAAGGACUGGCAUCUUCCAACUAACUCUUUACUAAGCAAAGGACUGGCAUCUUUCAGCUAACUCUGUACUCGGCAAAGGACUGGCAUCUCCCAGCUAACUCUUUACUAAGCAAAGGACUGGCAUCUUUCAGCUAACUUUGUACUCGGCAAAGGACUGGCAUCUUCCAACUAACUCUUUACUAAGCAAAGGACUGGCAUCUUUCAGCUAACUCUGUACUCGUCAAAGGACUGGCAUCUUCCAACUAACUCUGUUCUCAGCAAAGGACUGGCAUCUCCCAGCUAACUCUGUGCCACUAAAGGACUGGCAUCUCCCAGCUAACUCUGUGCCACUAAAGGACUGGCAUCUCCCAGCUAGCUCUGUAAACAGUGCAAAACUGGUAUCUACCAGCUCUCUACCCAUUGAAUGACUAGUAACUGCCAUCUAGCUCUGUACCCAUUGGCAUCUAGAAAGCAGGUCAUGUUGGCAUCUCAUUUUAACAUUGGCAGCUGCUGACACACAAGACAUCCCUUGCCCAUCUAUUGUUUUCAGACUGGGCACCCUCUUCAUAUCCUUGUGCUCUAUGCCCACCGUGCCUAUCUUUGUGCCAUCUUGCACCGUAGGCUGAGAUCACUGUCGGCUAAAAAGGGAAGGAGAUAGAAAAGGAGGCAGGAGCUGCUGAAAGGGACAGCACAAAGCUGAGCACAGGAGUAGUAGAGACUGGCUGCGAGGAGCUGUGUGCCUAUAGCUGGCUGGACCAGACAGUCGCCUCCCACAGACGCCUUCGAACUCCGACUUGUUUGAAAUGAUUGAAAAGAUGCAGGGCUGCAGAAUGGAUGAACAGAGGUACUCGCUCCCUCCUCCUCCUCCUCUCAAGACUGAAGAGGAUUAUAUCCCGUACCCCAGUGUCCAUGAGGUUCUGACAAGAGACGGGCCCUUCCCCCUCAUCCUCCUGCCCCAGUUUGGGGGUUACUGGAUUGAAGGGACCAAUCACGAUGUUUCCAGGUCGGUGGAACCGGAGUCUGUUCAGUCGCCAAGUGGGAAAGUGAAACUGGAGAGAAACCCCACGGCCCGACUGUACCACAAACACUUCCUGGGGAAGGAGCAUUUUAACUAUUACUCAAUGGAUGCGGCUUUGGGGCACCUUGUCUUUUCCUUAAAAUACGAUGUGAUUGGCGACCAGGAACACUUGCGCCUGCUGCUCCGGACUAAAUUGCGGACGUACCAUGAUGUGAUCCCCAUCUCGUGUCUCACGGAGUUCCCCAACGUUGUGCAAAUGGCAAAGCUGGUGUGUGAGGACGUCAACGUUGAUCGAUUUCACCCCGUUCUGUACCCAAAGGCUUCGCGCCUGAUCGUCACCUUCGAUGAACACGUCAUUAGCAAUAACUUUAAGUUUGGCGUCAUUUACCAGAAGAUCGGGCAGACGUCGGAGGAGGAGCUGUUCAGCACCACAGAGGAGAGUCCGGCCUUUGCCGAAUUCUUGGAAUUACUUGGAGAGAAGGUUCUCCUUCAUGAUUUUAAAGGGUUCCGGGGAGGGUUGGACGUGACUCACGGACAGACCGGGACAGAAUCCAUUUACUGUAAUUUCAGGAACAAAGAGAUUAUGUUCCACGUUUCCACUAAACUGCCCUACACAGAGGGGGACACCCAGCAGUUGCAGAGGAAGCGGCACAUCGGCAAUGACAUAGUCGCCAUCGUGUUCCAGGAUGAGAAUACGCCAUUCGUUCCCGAUAUGAUUGCGUCCAAUUUCCUUCACGCCUACAUCGUGGUGCAAGUGGAGAACCCCUGCAGCGAGCAGACCCUGUACAAGGUCUCUGUUACAGCCAGGGAUGAUGUGCCUUUCUUUGGCCCCCCACUCCCUGAUCCGGCAGUUUUCUGCAAGGGGCAGGAAUUCCAGGAGUUUCUACUAACGAAGCUGAUUAAUGCAGAAUACGCCUGUUAUAAAGCCGAUAAAUUUGCCAAACUGGAGGAACGCACAAGAGCUGCGCUGCUGGAGACCCUCUAUGAGGAGUUGCACUUGAACAGUCAGUCCAUGAUGGGCCUCGGGGGGGAUGACGACAAAAUGGAAAACGGUGGAGGAGGCGGAGGAGGCUUCUUUGAAUCAUUUAAGAGGGUGAUCCGGAGUCGGAGUCAGUCCAUGGACGCGAUGGGGCUGAGUAACAAGAAGCAACAAACCGUAUCGACCAGUCACAGCGGGAGCUUCGGCCACAACAACCCCGAUAUCCUCAAGCCCCCCGGAAUUUCAUUGCUGGUGCCAGGGAAAGCUGCGAAUAGGCACGGACGCCGGGGCAGUGCCAUAGGCAUAGGAACCAUAGAAGAGUCACUGAUUGUUCCAGGAAAGAGUCCGACCAGGAAGAAGUCGGGUCCGUUCAGCUCCCGGAGAAGCAGCGCCAUCGGCAUAGAGAAUAUCCAGGAGGUCCAGGAGAAGAGGGAAAGUCCCACCGGCCCCCAGAGGAACCCGGACAGUGGCCCCGUCUCCCAGGAACCCAAAUCUGAGAAUUCAUCCAAUCACAGCUCUCCUGAGAUGCCCACGACGAAAAAUAGGAGAGAAUCAGCCCCCAAACCCGACGCCGGCACCGAUUUAUCUCGUUCUUCAUCCAGUGCCAGUAGUUUUGCCAGCGUAGUGGAGGAGACCGAAAUGCUGGAUGAAGAGGACAUGGAAAGCGUCUCGGCCUCGGGGACCCCCCACAAGAGGGAGUCGCUUAUGUACAACACGUGGCUGGAGGACAGCAUGAGCAGCGUGAGCACGGCCAGCGGGGGCAGCUCCUCAGGGUUCCCUCACUCCCCACUGCUGGAGGGCCGCAGAUCAGGAGACCCCUCUUUUCCCGAGAUCAAAAUCCAACUGGAACAGACAGAACAUCAAACAACCAAUCAGGUUGCUCAGCGCAGGCAGAAGCUGAAGGAUUUGCGCCAGGCUCCGGCCUUCGAUGCGACAGAUGGGGGACCCCUCCGACCAGAAACGCAGCCUGAGGACCCCCACUUCUGAUGCCGCUGGACUGACCACUGCUCUUUUUGGGGGGUUUGUCUCAUUCCGGGGACAGACGAGGGAGGGGAAAGGACAGAAUCGAUUUGCCUCCUCCUGCGCCCCCAAACAUUUCCCCUUCCCUAAGGAGUGGGGGACCAGGGGGCGCACGUAAUAAACUCCCACGUGACGGUGAUGUCACUACCGGAUCCCCCCAGUAACCCGGGACACGGAAACGUUGGGGGGCUCAGCCUGCGGGGGGCCCUUACAGUUUGUACAUCGUUGUUACUCAUGUUGUUGCAAUAGAAAUGAAUGACUAAUAAUGAGAGCUGAUUGGCUGCCAGUUGCACCCCCCUGACUGUCAUGCAAUGAAAGGGUUAAUGGUACCGCCGGGGGGCCCCGCAUGUUCCCCACUGACCCAAUGUCUGUGUUUGUCUCGUGGGUGUCGCUAAAUAUUCCACCCUGGGGGGCAGUUUAUCAGUAUGUGGCACUUACACCAAGUGACUCCGCCCUCUUUCCCUUAAAGGGAAACCAACACGUGAAAACCAUUGGCACCUGUUUUUCUUUGGAUGGAAUUUUUUUGGUCCUUUUAGUCCCAUAAGAAAUCCUGCCUCCCACUUCCUGCUUGUGGGCUAAAUCCCUCCCAUUCAUUCUGGGGGCUGGAGUUUAAUCAGCCCAUUGCUGAUCACAUGGUCAGGAGGGUGCAAUGAGGAGCCCAUUAACAAGGUGAGGCUUUUUUAUACUGCCAGAUGCCAUAAACAGGUUUUACUGUCCCUUUAAAAGAGAAAUACUGCCACCUAGUGGGUGAGACUGGUACUAUGAGUACAAAGGAGCUCGGAAUAGCGGGAAUCUUCCUUGUCAUGUGAGAUACAGUUGUACUGCGCUACAGCCGCUGGAAGUAUCACCCUCUAGGGUUACUCAGCAGAGCUAUAGAAUUCCCAGAAUGCACUCGCCCAACUCCCUGCGCUCAGGACACAUGAGAAAUUACACUUUACUAAUACUGUCCCUUUCUCUGCACUGCUGCUUCUGACUCCUGAUACAACUUCCCAAUAUCCAUUCAUUCCUCAUUCUCACUGGGUUUAUAGUUCUGU